UGACCUAUUCGCCGGGCUCGCCUCUUCCAACCAAUUAGGAGUACGGCGUAGGAGUCACAAUGCCUUCCCUCCGGCGGUGUGGAUGCCGCCAAGGCUCGCUGCCUGCGUGACUAUAAGGAGCGCAAUUUCCUUGUCCUCCAGCACUCGCCACCCACAUUCAUCGAACCGCCUCUGACCUGAUACCUCACCAUCCGGCUUUCUCCCUCGCGCCGACCAACUCUACUCUCGCACAACUUCACAUCAAACGCCGCAUAGCACGUCCAUCGAUCGACUCAUCGCUGCAUUCACCAAGAUGCCGUUUCCGCAAUCCACCGCUGGCAGCAACACUGGAACCUGGACGAAGUGGGUCAGCCUGUUCCUCAUGCUCUUCGGGCUCGGACACCUCCUGUACGAGAGCUACCACUCGUCGCUCUCCACGCUUCACAAUUUCGCUCUCAACUGGCAGACCACCCUCAACGAGUGCCGCGCCGUCGGCAAAGACACCGCUAUCGACCUCGCGCGCCUAGACCACAUCCUGCGCGCCCUCCAGCUGGAGCAGGAGGCCAUAGAGCUCAGCAUGCAGCUUCUCAACGCCAGCACCAACGACAUCCAGACCCAGUACCGUCGCGUGGAGGAAACCUGCGAGGCGAAUGGUCUACGCAUCGACAACGUCUGGGAGGCUCUGGCCCCACCAAACGCUAACGGCACCUACUUCCCAUCGUCCAGCGAGACCUGCCAGCUCGCCGAGGAUGUCGACCGCCGCCUGGGUGAAGUCUACCAGCGCCUGGGAAGUCCACCAGCGCCUGGACGACAGCUUGGCGAAGAUGCUGGCCGAGAUGGAGCACGUCGAGAAGGAGUGGCAGCGAGGUGACAUCCGCACCGGCGAGCGCCUCGCCUCGCUCAAACGACGCAAAGCAGCCUGAAGGGCUCCGGGCUGGCCGUUUCCGUUUCCGCAUUCCGCGCCCGCAGGGCCACAUGUUGCUUUAUUCACCUCGACAUCACGGGGCGUGAGGGUCUUCAGAGGGUGUUUC